UAGCCGAAAUCGAAAGUGAAGCCGGUUCAACGUCGUUGUUUUUCCUUAGAGGUGACAACUCGAAGGGACGCUUUUCGGCUACAAGAAUACACGAAUAAAUCGGUCAUUAGGUGGGUGUUCUAUGGCGUUUAUUUGGACUGUGAAAACUACUGUAAACAAUGGAGCUGAACAUUUCAACACUACCGAGGCUCAAAAGCAUACUUCCCACCCCAGGACCAGAACACCAUGGCCUGUAUAAUCAAGGGGCAACGUGUUAUUUGAACAGUGUGCUGCAGGUCCUCUUCAUGACUAAAGAAUUCAGAGAGGCUGUUGAAAGUAAUAAGGCUCCUCAAGAAGAAGACACUGUUGAUCUUCAGCUGAAAAAGUUGUUUACAACUUUACGUGAAAUUGAAACUAACACAAAGGGCAUCUCAUCAAUACUAGGCAUUGAUGAUGUAUACAAGCAAUGUGAUGCGGCUGAGUAUUUUGAGAAGAUUUUAGGCAUGGUCAAUCCUGAAGUGUCAAAGAUCUUCAAAGGACAAUUGAGGCACAUCACUACCUGUUUAGGAAAACAUGUGAUGAGUGAUGGAUUUGGUCCAUUUUGGACACUGCCCCUCUCAAUAGCAGAUCCCUCUGACUCUUACAAAACCUACAGUGUGAAAGACGGCUUUAAGGAGUUCUUCAAGUCUUCAUCUGUCACAGGGGAAAACCAGAUGUACUGUGAUGAAUGUGAAAAGAAAUUAGAUGCAACCAUUGAAUGCAAGAUGGAAUAUCACCCAGAAAUUCUUACUCUGCUCCUCAAGCGGUUUGAAUUUGACUACUACAGCAUGUCAUAUGUCAAAAUCAACUGCUGCGUGGAUGUGCCUCACACACUACAGACAGAGAAAUGUGAAUAUGAACUCUAUGCGAUUGUGGACCAUUUCGGAAGUCUUGGAUGUGGACACUACACUGCUAAGAUCAAGUCCUUUGAAGAUCAUAACUGGUAUGAGUUCAAUGACUCAUACGUUACAAAGGUCCAACCAGCUCCACUGAUUGACAGUUCUUCGAGUGCUUAUCUACUGGUGUACAGGAAAUCACAUGCUUCAGAUCGUGAGAACCAUGGAACCAACCAAGUUCACGGUUCACUCCGAGAGGAUGGGGUUACAGAGGUUGGAGAGCAGGUUCAAAUAAAGACAAGUGGAGAUGAUCAUCACGGUGUUGAUGGAAAUAAAGGACAGGGACAACAUGUUGCGGUCAGAAGAAAGGAAAAUGUAGGAAAGGCAGAUACAGGAAGAGAUGAUGAUUUGAUAGAGAGAAGACAGGACAUAGAUGCACACAGGAGAGAGGAUGUGGAUGGAACAAGACGGUAUGAUGUUGUUUUGAUAACAGAGAAACAGCAGAGUCCAGAGAUAUGUCGGAAAUUAGGCAAAUUCCGUGUGUUUCAUCAUGACUAUAUUUUGCCCAUCAGGUGUUCAUCAUUGAAAGAAGAGGAAAAUGCUGUGGAGAAAAUAGAACAGGAUGAUGUAGUGAGAAGGGUAGAUAAGGACAGAGAGGGUGUCAUGGUAAAGGGAGAAACGCAUCUCGGUGAGACAAAGACAAGUCUGACCAAGUACGGAGAGUCUUCCAGCUCUACAAAUAGGUGUGAGACCAUCCCAUCACACCAAGAGUUCAAUGAACUCAGAAGGAAAGAAAUGCAAAGAAGAAAGGACGAAAAGGAUGCCAAUUACAGUCAGUUCCUUGCUAACGUUCAGGACAACAAGCUGAGAGAGGUUCUUGAGAGGCAGAAGAAGAACAAGGCUCACUGUGGUUUCAGGCGCUUCUGGGGUGUCCGUGGCAAGUACACCAAGGCCAUCGGUCGCAGUGGUCGCGUCGUUGGUAUGUCUAAGAAGAAGUAAACUAUGUCCCAACUCCCCAUGUGUCAACUAAAUGCCACAGUUCACACACAAAAACGAUGCAAGAAGAAUGAAAAGAGAAGUGUAGAAGAGAUGGAGCUUUUGGGUAAAGACAAGAAAAGAAGAAAGAGGAACUUCAGGGAAGGAGAGGAGGGAAUGGAAAAGAAGUGAGAUGGCUAAAUUUGAAGUUUCUGUUUUGUCCAAUUUGAAAACUGGAAGAGGAAUGUAUGGAAUAUGGAAUAUAUUCUGAUUUUGGGUACAAUUCUGCCUUUAACCCUGUAUUAUCUGUUUAUAUAUGUUUAACAACUAACUUUAACUAAAGUCCUGUUAUUAGCCUCUUUUAUGUUCAACAUCGUUCAUCACUUUACUCAGAUGAAUUUCUUGUCCAAGUGUUUACAAAGUACUAUAUAUUAAAGAUGCUUUGUAUGUAGAGAA